AACCAGGUCUUUUGGCAGUGCUGCCCUGAAUAUGUGCUACGUCGCACAGGGCUCUGCGGAUGCGUAUUUAGAGUUUGGAAUUCACUGUUGGGACAUCGCUGCUGCUCUGGUUAUAGUCCAAGAAGCCGGCGGUUUUGUAUGCGAUAUAACAGCACUGUACAAUACAGAAAAACAGGAAAAAAUGAAAAGUCAAAAGACCGCGCAUUAUUCGGCGCUGCCAAUUAAGGAGUGGCAAAUGAACGAGAGUGUACUGCAUUCUCCUUCAACACGCAAGCUACGCGAGCGUGGUUUCUAGCA